AUGCACAAACCCGAGCUCUCGGGCCGACUGGCCAAAUUGGCCCUAGAAAUUAGUGGGUACGAUAUCGAAUAUCGGCCCCGAAAUGCCAUCAAAUAUCAAAUUCUGGUAGACUUCAUGGCCGAGUUCAUACCGUCCAUAAUACCCGAAGUCAAAAAGGAAUUGUUGCUAACCUCGGGGACUUCCUCGCAAAUCUGGACCCUCUUUACAGAUGGUGCCUCGAACGCAAAGGGGUCCAGACUCGGCAUCGUGCUGAAGCCGCCAACGGUUAACGUAGUUAGGCAAUCCAUUAGAACUGUAAAAUUGACUAACAAUGAGGUUGAGUAUGAGGCAAUGAUUGCAGGUCUCGAACUAGCUAAAAGCCUGGGGGCCAAAGUGGUCGAAGCUAAGUGCGACUCCUUCCUUGUGCUUAUGAAAUCACUGGUGGAAGAAGGCCAUGCUGAAAUAAACUCAACAAGUUUGACCUGGGACUGGGGAAAUAAGUAUAUAGACUAUUUGAAGAUUGGGAAUUUGCCAUCAGAUCCUAAAGAAUCAAGAGAUGUGCGCAUGAAGGCAGCCAGGGUUGGCUAUUACUGGAUUGACAUGGAGAAAGAUGCAAAGGACUUUGUACGAAGAUGUGACGAUCGUCAGAGAUAUGCACCGAUGAUCCAUCAGUCCAGAGUUGCUACUACAUUCGGUCUUAUCACCUUGGCCAUUGAUGAAAUGGGGGAAUAG